GGCUGGAGUGUUUGAUUCUAUAUAUAACUAGUUGAUGUCAGCUGCAUGCCAAUCCCUUUGAAGAGGAUCAGCCCCCAGUUUGUCUCGGUACUAGGUACCAUGUAGAUCCAAGCACAAGGGUAGAAACCAUCCUGGACCAGGCAGGUCACCCCCAUGCAUAACUAACUCCUGAAGCAUCAACUAAAGAGUUGAGAUCACUUUUUUUCUGCACAACAAAACAGUACGCAAGGAAAAAUCAUAUCAGAAAAUCACAAUGUUAUCACAUUCUGCCAUGGUCAAAGAGAGGAAACAACAAGCAUCAGCCAUUAUGGAUGAAAUACAGAGAAAUGUCUCACCCAGCUUAAACCUUGGAAAAAAGGUCAGCAUCCCAAGAGAUAUCAUGGUAGAGGAAUUAUCAACACUCAGCAACAGAGGUGCAAGACUCUUCAAGAGACGUCAGCGAAGAUCUGACAAAUAUACAUAUGAAAAUUAUCAUUAUGUUGCAAACAAGCCAAGAAAUCGUGGAGAGCCCAUACACAGUGUUAAAAUGGAUGGCCUCGGUGUUGAAGGAAUUCCCCAGCACGCUCCAAUGACGCCUCCUAACACACCUGAUCCCCGGAGCCCACCACAUCCUGACAACAUUGCCCCAGGAUAUUCUGGACCACUGAAAGAAAUUCCUCCUGAAAAGUUCAACACUACUUCAGUGCCAAAGUAUUAUCAGUCUCCUUGGAUAGAAGCCAUUAGAGAUGAUCCAGAGCUGUUGGAGGCCUUAUAUCCUAAACUUUUCAAACCCGAAGCAAAGCCAGAACUGCCCGACUACAGGAGCUUUAACAGAGUUGCCACUCCCUUUGGUGGUUUUGAGAGAGCAUCAAAGCUGGUUAAAUUCAAGGUACCAGAUUAUAAUCUAUUGAUGCUAAAUGAUCCAAGAUUCAUGAUUCUUGCAAAUCCUCUUGCUACCAGAAGAUCCUUCAAUAGGACUCCUAAAGGAUGGACAUCUGAGAAUAUUCCAGUAGUGUUCAUUCAGCCUUCAGAUUCCAAUGAUGUUCCAGAAACAGAGGACCUGUGAGAGAAGCUGCACUCUGUAUUGUACAAAAUUUGGAAAGCUGCACAGUCAUGUAUUUUUGGUCCAAAUGUUACUAAAGGCUACUGAGAAAACCUUUCCUUGGCAGCUGGCACAUAAUGUCUGAUGUGUUAUCUCUUCUGGAAUCUAUUUUCAUCUGUUGACACAACAUAAAUAAAGGAAUUUGGCAAGUACUGGCUGAGAUAUUUUGUGUUUGUGUUUAUAUAUUCUUUUACUUCAGUGAAAACUAAAAUUACUAAAAUUUUUCUAAAAUCUUUGCUUGUCAAUUCAGAACAGGUGCAUUAAGAAAAAAUGCUAACACUGUUACCAAGGAAUUUGAUUUGAUAGGUGUGCUGAUUCUGGUAGAACAGAGUAAUACCAUGACACAGCACUCCAUAAACUCCUAGUUUAAACAGCCUGCUUGAGAUGAGCGUGAAGAAACCAACCACUUUUCCCAAACCUGCUUGAGUCAAAGUUAAGAGUUUCGUCAUUAGUUUGGUGACAGCAAGUUAAGCCAUUUUCUUCUUUCCUUCUAUAACUCAGCUUUAAUUAUGGACUAAUCAAUGACUUUGUCAUGUGGAUUUGUUUACAGAAAAUGCAGUAUAUUUGGCUAUGACAAAACUAUGUACUGGUAUGAAAAAGUACAAAGGCAUUUCCUGGAUGAGUUCAGAACGUUAGUGCUAAUCACAACUGAAAAACUGGUCACGUCAAACAUACCAGAUUAGUAUCACUGCGAGCUAUGUUUCCACAAGUGCUUUUGUUAAUAGAAAUAAAUGUCAUAUACCCUUUCCCCUACAGCCAAUAAUAUAUUUGGGGACUUAAAAGCAUGAGUUUUCUUGUUCUUGAUAUGUUGGCAUGCUCUGACAUUUUAGAAACACAAUUAUUAGACUUCUAUUACAUCCAUAACUUCAUAGGAGGCAAGAAAUACCAACUUCAUUGGCUGACAACAGUUUCCUGGCAUGGAUUAGUUUGGGGACCUUAACUGUGUACAAUGUACAACAGUUAUAUGGACGAUGAUAAAAAAAAAAUGAAUUACUCAAGCCUGAAAAUGCAAAUGCUAAAGAGAAAAAAUUAUAGCAAGGAGCAAUGCAAACAUGUUCUGGAGGAAGGAAGUUGUUUUUCAUAAGCCAUAAUAAGCUAUCAUAAACCUGUUAAAGAAAUACAACAACAUAUACACAGUGAGGACUAUGAAUAAGGAACACAACAUAUUUAUUGUACGCUCUGUAAAGACAACUUAUACAUGCAUAUCAAGGCAUCUUCCUUCUUAUGUGUCACACAUGAUAGUAACUUUAGUUUUCUGUACGUCUAUGGAUCCACAGGAAUAGAACGGGCUCAGGAGGCUUAAGAUUUUUGAGAAGUAUUGAGCCUUCCAUACGCAUGCUCAUUUGAUGGUCCAAAAAACCUCAUUAGAUGUGGAUGGAAAUUACUGACAGUUAAGACCUCAAAUUGUCUAAUUGAGAUUUCUGAAAUAGCCUGUGUCACAGCAAAUCUGGCAGCUCUAAUUCAACAGUCAACUGCAGCAGAAGAACCCUGUUCCUCCUUCUUUCCAAGCUCGACUACCAUAGAGCUACAUACAUACCAGUACGUUAAAUGAACCCAGAGCUGUUCUUUUAGAAACAGGCCAAUUGUGUCAGAGAAGUGUGCAACCAUGAUAUUUAAUCUUCCAACACUGAGUGGCUUUUGCCAAACUGCCUUUUGGGAUUAGGCCUUGGACCAUGAUAAACCCUAAAGCCGUGCUUGGGAACUGUUCGGGAGAGUGUUAAGCGGCAGAAAUCAGGGCUGAUCAAUGUGCUAAGCAUUCAACAGCACAGUGUCCAGGAAUGUUCCCUGGAUGCAUCACCCUAGAUGUAUGUAGCCUUAUUGUGCAAGUCCCACCGCAAUAAACAAAUCCCUCUGCCAAAAAAAAACCCAACUCCUUUGCCACUAAAGAAGAUCUUCUGUUAAAGUUGGAAAUUCGGGGAUUUUCUGUUGACUUUGGUGCGUUAUUUUGUGAAGUGCUUAUAUGGCACUUUGAAUGUACGAAACGUAGGAAACUAGCUUUGGGUAAAAAAGAUGAAUUUCAGAGAUCAAGAUUUUAUUAAUUUUUGUAGACAAAGAGAUGGCUCCAAAUUGAGAUAAAAAAAGUUUCUUUAGUUAAAGGUCUGGAAAGACAUAUACAAAAGAACUAAUGUGUUUUAUAAAUUUCAGUGGUACUUCUAAAAAUUCCUGCAGUAGUGGAGUACAGCAGAAAGGAUAAAAAGAAAACACAUGGGCAACAGCUUUACACAAGUGUAAACAAUCACAGUAUGCAAAUAUUUUAAAAAUUAGGCUUCUAAUGGCACACACACUUUAACACAUGACACUUGCACUUGCUUCCAAAUGAAAAGGGAACUGAAUGGUGUGAUGAAAAGGUAGAAAUGUGGUAGGGUGUAAAUAUAUAUUUUAAAAGGCCUUUGUUACCAAAGUGGCCUCAUUUUUCUUCAUGUUAAGCUGCUCGUUACAGAAGUAUAAAAGGGACUUAACAAUUCAUUUCAACGUUUUAGCCAAUAAUAUGGUGAACAGAGGAAACAGAUCUGCUAUUUCCCAACCUAUACAAAAUACUGUCUGAUUACAUUGUGUAAAAAUGAAGUAAAAGAUGUAUUCUUAUGACCAGCUCCAUGAAUAUAAGCCUUUUUUAACACAUAUACACUUUAAAACUCUUUAUGAUAUGACAAGCAAGAGCCUGUACUAUCAGCAGAGUUGUGACUAAAUGGUAUCAGCAAUAACAAUCGUCAGAGGGAGUCUGUAUUUUAAUCCUAUACAGUUAUGGUCUGAAAGUACACUCACUGAUAUAAUGGCAUUCCUAUUUCAGUCUUAAAAAAUUAUAAAUCCAUACUUCAUUUUAUUUGGCUAAAUUACCCUAACAUAUAAAGCAUACACUGGCAGCAGCAAAACCAAUUUCAGAAGUACUAAAUGCAAUAGGUGAUCUGAGAUUCAUUCCUGAAUCCAGCAGGCAACAGACUCUCUACUGUGGAUUUUUGCUGAUGUGCCACUAGUUUUUGAGGUAUGUUUGCAUGACUGUGGUAAUAAAAAACCAAUAAGCUCUCUCUCCCAUUUUCUACCAAACACCGUAGCUGAUUUCUUCCAUGUUGUUCAUGUAAUGAGAAAUUACAAGUCAAUACAAAGAAAUGAACAAUUCAUGCUAAGUUAUAUUAUUAGCCUGCCUCCAAAAAUAGGUCAUUUAUGCCUAAUCUUGUACUUUGGAUGCAUAAUUUCUUACAGGCACAAACACUUCUUACCGGUUUUAAAUAUGUCAGCAUGCCCUCCCAUAUAAAUAUCCACAAAUGAUAACCGUGGAAAUAAAGAAAAAAUCUGUAGUCUCAAAGUAUUGUAGAGUUUUAAUUAGUUUAAUAUGCUUUGCUUCGACCGUAGCCAGGAAAACACU